GCGCUGCUCCGGUGGCUGGAGGAGCUUUAACGCAAAGGCUGGAAGUGCUGGCGGCCGACCUGCCUCCCGAAAUAUCCGUAGGGAUGUGCCAGCCCACCCGCUAACCCCGACCUGUUCUCCGCAGGGCUCAGUGGAUUGCCCCAACCUGGAGUUCGAAUACGGGGACGCCGACGGUCACGGCGCUGAGUUAGCAGAGCUGUACAGCUACACCGAGGAGCCUGAGCUCAGCACCAACAGGAGAUGCUUCGAGGAGGAUUUCCACGCACAAGUGCAGGGCAGGAGGUGGCUGGAGCUGGACGGGGCUCAGCAAAAGGCCUACGUCAUGCGCCUGCUGGAUGGGCUGGAGGUGGUCAACAGGGACAAGCGGCUCAGAGUAGCGCGGGCCAUCCUCUACCUGGCACAGGGCGUCUUUGGAGACUGCGAUAACGAAGGCGAUGUCCUGCACUGGUCUCGGCACAACAGCUUCCUCCUGUACCAGCUGGGAACCUUCACUGCCUUCCUGGAGCUCCUCAACAUGGAGAUUGACAACAGCCAGGCCUGCAGCAGCGCCCUGAGGAAGCCGGCCAUCUCCCUGGCCGACAGCACGGAGCUCAGGGUGCUGCUGAGUGUCAUGUACCUGAUGGUGGAGAACAUCCGUGUGGAGCAGGAGGCGGAUCCCCCCGAGUGGAAAACCUGCCGGGAAACCUUCAGGAUGGAGCUGAGUUUCCCCGUGCACUCUGAAGAGCCGUUUGCUCUUCUGCUCUUCACGAUGGUGACCAAGUUCUGCAGUGGCCACGCUCCACACUUCCCCAUGAAGAAAGUCCUGCUCCUGCUCUGGAAGGUGCUUCUGUUCACGCUGGGUGGAUUCGAAGCGCUGCAGGCGAUGAAGGUGAGGAAGCGUGAGGAGCUGGGGCUGCCGCCCUUGCCGGAGGACAGCAUCCAGGUGAUGCGCAGCAUGCGCGCCGCUUCGCCCCCCACAUACUCCAUCGAGCUCAUGGAGCAGCAGCAGCAGAAGCGUGGUCACCGCAGCCGGAGGCCACUGGUGAAGCAAGACAGUUUGGAUAUCUACAACGAGCGAGACCCCUUCAAAAAUGAUGAAGCAGGAGUCGAUGAAGAGGAGAACGAUGAUGUGGACAACGGCAUCGAGGGGGAACUGGACCUGAUGGAGCGGGAUGCAGUUAUCCCCGUGAUGCCUGCUCAGCGCCCACCUAUUGAAAGGGUGUCAUUCCCCAAAGGGCUUCCCUGGGCUCCCAAAGUCAGACAGAAAGACAUUGAGCAUUUCCUGGAAGCAAGCAGGAACAAAUUCAUCGGAUUCACGCUGGGGCAAGACACCGAAACCCUGAUAGGGCUACCACGGCCCAUCCACGAAAGCGUGAAGACACUGAAGCAGCACAAGUACGUUUCCAUCUCAGACGUCCAGAUCAAAAACGAGGAGGAGCUGGAGAAGUGCCCCAUGUCUCUGGGGGAAGAGGAAGUCCAGGAAACCCCUUGUGAGGUCUUGUAUCGAGCAAUGUUGUACAAUCUCCCCCAGUAUAUGAUAGCUUUGCUGAAGAUCCUUCUUGCUGCAGCGCCCACCUCCAAAGCCAAGACUGACUCCAUCAACAUCCUGGCAGACGUGUUGCCUGAAGAGAUGCCCAUCACCGUCCUUCAGAGCAUGAAACUGGGGAUCGACGUGAACAGGCACAAAGAGAUCAUCGUGAAGAGCAUCUCGGCUUUGCUGCUGCUGCUCCUCAAGCACUUCAAGCUGAACCACAUCUACCAGUUUGAGUACGUGUCCCAACAUUUGGUGUUUGCCAACUGCAUCCCGCUGAUCCUGAAGUUCUUCAACCAAAACAUCAUGUCUUAUAUCACUGCCAAGAACAG